AGCCUGGCCUUAUCUGCUUCUUCAGGAGUUCAUUCACAGUUCCAGCCACAGCCACAGCUGACAGUUUGUGUGUCAGGAGUGCACGAGGCUCUGCACUUUCGGUCAGAGCGGAGCUUUCCUGCUGUCCCUGGGACAUCCCUGGAGGAGUUAUCCCGACACACACCCCCUUGGAGAUGUGGCUGUGGUACAGCCCACAGAAUACCAGGUUAAGAAGCCGAGGGAUCAGUGUUUGCAGGAGCCACUUUGGAGCUGGAUGUGCCCCGAGCAGCGUCUGACCUCAGCCAGGCAAGGAAGGGGAGAUCCAUUGUUAACUUUAACCUGUGUCCAGAAGGAAGAGGAGAGGAACUGACACACAAGAAUUUUCCAAACAGAACAGGAAGAUGUCUUCAUCAGUGCAGCUCUUCCGAGAUCAGAAGUACCACGAGCUGAAGGGGCAGUGCGUCCAGCAGGGCCGGCUCUUUGAGGAUCCCGAGUUCCCAGCCUCGGAUGAAUCCCUUUACUAUGACUCAGCAGCAAGAGGGAAAGUGGAGUGGAAGCGGCCAAAGGACCUCUGUGAAGACCCCCACCUAUUUGUGAAUGGAAUGAGCUCCCACGACUUCCACCAGGGCAGGCUGGGGAACUGCUGGUUUGUGGCUGCGUGCUCCUGCCUGGCUCUGAGGAAAAGCCUCUGGCAGCAGGUGAUUCCAGACUAUAAGGAGCAGGAAUGGGACGCUAAAAACCCAGGGAAAUACGCUGGGAUUUUCCGUUUCCGCUUCUGGCGCUUUGGAGAGUGGACGGAGGUGGUGGUUGAUGAUCUGCUGCCAACUCAGAACGGGGAGCUGAUCUACUGCCGUUCCAACGUGAGAAACGAGCUCUGGAGCGCUCUGCUGGAGAAAGCUUAUGCUAAGCUGGCUGGAUCCUACCAAGCCCUGGAUGGAGGCUGUGCUGCAGAAGCCCUGGUGGAUUUCACUGGAGCAGUGGCAGAAUCCAUUAAUUUGGCAGAGGGCAAAUAUGGUGAGGUUAUUUCUGAGCAGAUGAAGCUGUUUGAAGACCUGAUGAAAGUGCAUAAAAGAGGAGGGUUCAUCAGCUGCUCCAUUUCGGAGUCCCCUGGCCGUCCCAGUGAAGCAGAGACAGAGAUGGGGCUUAUUGUGGGCCAUGCCUACUCCGUGACUGCCAUCAGGAAGCUGCGUCUGGGGGAGAGGCUCGUGUUCUCCUUCAAGGCAGAAAAGCUGUUCAUGAUCAGGCUGAGGAAUCCCUGGGGGAAAAAAGAAUGGCACGGUGCUUGGAGCGACAGUUCUGAAGAGUGGAAGAAAGUCAGCGAUUCUGAGUGCAAGAACUUGGGGCUCACUGUUAAGAAUGAUGGAGAGUUCUGGAUGACGUUUGAGGACUGGUGUAAGAAUUUCACGGAUGUGGACAUCUGCCGGACCGUGAACACCUCCUACUUCAGCCUCCACAAGACCUGGGAGAAGGAAAUUAUCUAUGGGGCUUGGGCAAAGCAUCCAGAGCCCCUGCUGAACCGCUCUGGAGGCUGCUUUGAUAACAGAGAGACCUUCCUUCAGAACCCCCAGUACAUCUUUGAUGUUAAGAAGGCCGAGGACAAAGUGUUGGUCUCCUUACAGCAGGAGGAUCGCCGCAAGUACAAGAAAGAAGGGAAAGGAGACAACAUCACAAUUGGCUUUGAAAUACUCAAGGUGGAGGAUAACAGAAGGUACAGGCUGCACAAGCUCACGGUGCAGGAGAGAGUGGCCACGUCUCCCUACUCCAACACACGCAGCGUGUUCCUGAGGAGGACCCUCCAGCAAGGCCGCUACGUGCUCAUCCCAACCACCUACAUCCCAGGGGUCCCUACAAGGUUUAUCCUGAGGCUCUACACAGAUGUGCCCUCAAAACUCAGGGAGCUGAAGGCAGAUAGGCCUAAAAUGACGUGUUGGAGUCUUCUUUGUGGCUACCCACGCAGAGUCACCCAAAUCAAAGUCCACUCUGCAGAGGGUUUGCAGAAGCAAGACAGAUCAGGAGGAGCAGAUCCCUAUGUGCUCAUCAAGUGUGACAACCAAAGCAGGCGCUCCCCGGUGCAGCACAACACCACCAACCCCGUCUUCAACACCCAGGUGAUCUUCUACAGGAAGGACAUCGACAGUCCUGUCACCAUCCAGGUCUGGAACAGCAACCUCCUGAGUGACCAGUUCCUGGGGCAGGCGGUGCUGGCAGCCUCCCCCGGUGAGCCCCGCGAGCAGCAGACGCUGCGGCUGCGGGGCAGAGGCGGCCGGGAAGCAGCCGAGGUGCCGGGUCACAUCACCGUCAAGGUUCUCUCCAGCGAUGACCUCGCCGAGCUCUGAGCGCCGCAGCCCCGCAGAGCCAGACGGAGCUGUCACCUCGCAGCAGCCGCGCCGGGGACUCGGGAGCACAGGGUGCACAUCAGCAUAAUCGCUUUAAAGGGGGGGGAAAAAAAAGCCCUCCAACUCUCCACAUGAUCAUUGGUAAUGGGGAGAGAGGCUUUGGGAGAGGGGGAAAUGCAGAUUUAUACGUAUCUAUGCUUGUAAUACAGCACAUGCAGUAGCAGAGGGGCCAAACGGAAUGCUGGCGGGUAAGUUCAUUAGGAUGCGAGCAUCUUCCCAGCAGCAUCGCUGAGGGUGCAGGCAGGAAUGGCUGCAGCUCUCUCUGUCAGGCACCCACCAGCAGCUCGAGGGAGUGGCAAGCACGAGGUGGAUUCCUAUCAUUCUGUCCUUGUUCACUGCCAGGCUGGCUUUGGGAGGGGGGUAUUUUUCCCUCUAGAGGGAUAUAAAUGUCUUGAUGAAAUUUCACUUCCUUGGUGAAAAUGUCACUACUCAAGGACUUCAGUCAUAGCUCGUGGCCUGAUGACCAGUCUUGCCAGGACAACAUUAAAAUAAGGGGGCAGAUCUUGCAGUGCCUGUUUGAACACCCAGCAAGUAAGAGCUUUGUCCACCUGAAGGCUCUCAGAUUGACUUUCUGAUUCUUCUCUUCUCCACCUCAAGCUGGUGACUCACAGUUUGGUAUUCCUGUAUCCCUGUCCAAAGGCAGGAAGGGAACCUCACAGUUCAGCUGUUUACCCAGAGCACAGAUGCAAUAAUGGGAGCCUCCUUGCUUUGUUUAAUCUACUUAACGCUAAAAAUGGAGUAACGACCCUCUUGUUUUGGUAGAUGUAGCACCAGCCUGAAAGAGGAGAAAAUGAGUUCAUGAGAAGGGUGGGUUUGUAAAAGCAAGGUGCCGUGCCCUGGCAGGUGUCAGGUCUCACACUCAAAACUUUGCAGUCAUUUAUUGCUGGCACGUCUGAUGUUCGCAGAAGUUUCACUUGGGUAUCGAGGAGAAUAGGUGAUAUUUCACAUUUCCAUCACAACAGGGGUCUAGGUAGCAACUCUUGCCUUCCCCUGCAGCCCAUGGCCCUGCAGCCCAUGGCAGGGUUCCCUCAGCAGCUGUUUGGGUGGCCAUGCUGGGCAGUUGUUGCAGUGCAGGUGGCACUGGCCACAGCAGCAGAGCAUUCAGAGGACUGGCAGCCAGGCCACCAGAACACAGAGGUCUGAUUGUCACCCCGUGGUUACGAUGAGUUCCCAUAUUCCUAGUGGUUCUUAGUUCAUGUGUUUUAAGCUUAUUGAUGCAGGAGUUCUCCACCCAGCUUUAUGUAUAAGUUCAUGUUUAUGUAUUUCCCCUAGUUGCUUAUGUAUUAGUUCUGGAAAAUUCUCCCUUCUUCGACGCCCCAUUGGUCUACUCAUAUAAUUCCCUCUCUUAAGUUAUCCCUAUUGGAUAUUGUGCUGCCUCGGGCAGCCCCAAAGGUGUCAGGCAGUGACCCUGACAGUGCACGAGGCUCUCUGUGCUGGACACUCAGAAAUGGGUUUUCUGCAGAUUCUGGUUGGUAAAGUGAAGCUGAAGGACUGUUCUGUCCUUUUUAUAGCCAGGAAAUUUGGAUUUCUGUGUGCUUCGUAGCCACUUCAGCCACACUGUGCGAUUUUUGUAAUUUAUGAAAUGGCUCUCGACAAGAGUUAAUGUUUCCACAAAACGUUUUGAAGUCUCCUCAGGGCUCCAAAAGGAUCUGUGCUGUGGUAGGAAAAUGCUUUCUCUGGCAUGCCAGAGAUGGACUGUGGGGCUGUGAAUGAUGCUGCAGUGCCAUCAGCUUUGCUGCAUGUACCAAGGACCUCAAUCCAGCUCUUUCCAGACAGUUUGGGCUCGGGCCACUUGGCACAGCAGAGCACUUGUCAGAGGUGUGAACUACAAGCCCCACAGGCAAGUGACAUUCUCUGUAAACUCAUGGCUUCGGGGCUGCUUACUCUCAGAACUGUUUGUAAACUGAGAUUUAUCCUUUUAAAACGCGUGAACUGUCUUAUACAGACCCAGAGCUUGGACAAGAGGGAACUGCAAAUGUCAGGGCUGCCCUAGUCGUGCACUGAGACCUCUUUGCUUUGCUGUUCCUCACACACUGUUCCAGGCUGUGGGAGCUGCUUCCUGCAGUGUUCCCUAUGGGAUGGGUGCCAUUCCCAGGGCUUGGCUUGGCCAGCUGGUUGGCCUGGGUCAGUGUUGGCCCUGAAAAAGGGUCCCCUCUGAGAUGGCACUCGAGGUUUGUGCCUCCCUGCCCCACGAUUUGGCUGAGAAAGCUCCUGAGCCUGCUGAGGGCACAAAGCCACCUCAGCUCCAAGGUGGAGGGGAGUCCCUCGGCUCUUUCCUUGGAGCUCCACAGCUCUGGCCCCCAAUCCCAGCACUACCACCCCAUUCCAGCUUCUGUAACGGGCUGUCCCCAGCAUCAGUGGGACACAGGGAGCAUCACCAGCAGUUCUUGGGCACCUACAGCCUGGCAAAGGGGGAAGUCAGGGUAGGGAGCAUAGACAUGGUGAUUUUUAGGCCUUGAUAAUGAUGCCAGCUCCAGACAUUCCCACAGUUUCUCCUGGUGGCAUGGGGACAGGCAGCCCUGGAACACCACUGCUGGGCACUGCUGCCCUGAGGGACUGGCAGUGCUGGGAGCUGCGGGAGGCUCAGCCGUGCUGGCGCCAAGCAGGAUGUCUGGACCUCUGCAUUUAUUAUUUUUGGGGAGUAUUUGGUUUUGCCAUCAGGAGGAGCUGAUCCAGCCUGGGAACACAACUGGCUCUGCUGGUUUCCAGAGGCUUCUGUCUUCCCAGGUGAACCCCAGGUGAAGCAAGGCAAGGGCAGGUUGACAGGGGCUUGUGCUGCUGCCUGCUUCUAACGUUGUUAGUUAAAAUUGUAAUUUUUUAACAAUUAAUAUCAACAUGUGAGAAGAUAUGUUGGGGUUGGUUUUUUGGGAUGGGGGGAGGGCUGCAUUUAUGUACACACUCAAGCCACCGUCAACCCCUCAAAAAUGAAAACAGGUGGAAGUGGGUGUAAAAUGUUUCAUUGCAACCUUUUGUAACUUUUCAAUACGAAGUGACCUAAAUAAAAUUUUACCAAAAAUUUA